GGUUGUUUUCUGAAGCUCGAAAUGACAUCGAAGUAUGCGCAGCGAAUGGCUCGACUCUCGUCCAAAAUAUUUGGUGAAGUUACUAGAGCAACAGACAUUAAAUCUAUGAAAGUUGUGAAGAUUUUCUCCGGCCUUCCAGCCCAUCUUGAUCCUGAAAAAGUCCAGUAUUAUCCACGUUUAAAGGAAAUGAAAGCUCUCACCGAUGAUUUAAGACAUCAUGGUCUGUUUAUUGAUGAGCACCUGGAUUUCAAGGAAGAAAUGCUGAGAAGACGUGCAGCCCGAGGCUUGGAGAAGAAAGUACCGCACCAUAUACAGAAACGUCGCGAAAAGGAAAAACAACAGAAAGAGAGUGCAGCUUCUUGACAUUUCGUGUCUAAUUUUGUUCAUUAAAAAAAAUAAGAAAAUA